ACUCGACUCCGUUCUUUCACCACCUCUCAUUCUGUUACACAAUGAAUCCUCCACUUCCAUCAUUCACUUCUGUCUGGCGUAAUGGGCCCUACGAGGCCAUUUCCCCGUCACGGCCCGAGCUGAGCGCGUCCGGCAAGACGGUCAUUAUUACUGGCGCGGGAAGUGGAAUCGGUCGCGCGACAGCCGUGGCUUUUGCUCGUGCGGGCGCCGACAAGCUCGUACUGAUCGGGCGGAAUGAAGCACCCCUCGUCGAAACCCAGAAGUCUCUGGAAUGCGGCAGCUCGGUCCACGCGGCGGACGUCACCGAUGAAAAGGCCAUUGCCGAAAUCGCCGCUUCCACGGGAAAGUGGGAUGUGAUGAUCCUAGCCGCAGGUUACGUCGGGAGGCCGGCAUCCAUUCGCGACUCAUCCGUUGACGAUUGGUGGAAGAGCUUCGAGACCAACGUGAAAGGAACGAUGAUCGCAACCAAGGCCUUCCUCCCGACCGCCAACCCGACACGUGCGGCCGUUGUCGCGCUGACUGCAGCCGUGGUCUUCCCGGCCGCCAGACUUAUAAACCUCUCCGCAUACAUAAGUUCCAAACUUACCCUCAUUAAGAUGAUGGAGUUUUUGGCUGCGGAAAACCCGACGGUCUUCGCAGCCGCCUUGCACCCUGGCAUGGUUGACACCAACAUCCUUCGCAGCUCGGGCGCCGAUCCCAGCAAACUUCCCAUGGACUCGGUGGAUCUCCCUGCAGAAUUCAUGGUCUGGCUGACCAGCCCCGAAGCCACCUUCCUGAACGGUCGCUGUGCGUGGGCCAACUGGGACGUCGAUGAACUCAAGGCCAAGGCGGAUAAAAUCGAGUCCGGCCUGUUUUUGACUUCAGGUGUUUAUGGCUGGCCCUUUACUUCUGACUAG